AUGUUGUCGUAUUUAUUAAGUUUUUAUGUGGACAUUUCAAAUGCUCAAAAUACUAAGUUUGCUUUAAGAAAUCAGGUAGCGUUGUGUGAGCUACAGCCAAAAAGGGGAUCCUGCAGAAUGGCAAUAACAAGAUAUUAUUACAAUAUUAAUGAAAGGGUUUGUGAACCUUUCACAUACGGAGGCUGCAGCGGGAAUAAAAAUAACUUUUUGUCAUCUGAAGACUGUACAGAAUAUUGUAAAGGAUAUCAUCUUUUAAGCCUUGUUAAAUCUUCUAGACCUGCAUUAUGUUUCCAACCAUUUAAAACGGGCUAUUGUCCUAGUCAUAUGUUGUACUUUUACUUUGACGCCCAAACUGAAACGUGCAAGAGUUUUUUGUAUACUGGUUGUAGUGGUAACGAAAAUCGAUUUGACACGCUGGAAGAAUGUGAAGAAACCUGUAAAGUGUCUAAUAAAGACGAACCUUUAAAAUUAAAUAAAGAGUACCUACCCUUAAAAUUUAUUGCACACACG